AUGGAAAAGGGAAUUGGGGAAGAAAAGGGUUUGGGUUGGUGCAGAGAUGCCCAUCGUCUAACUCGAAUAAAUGCACAUGAAUUCGACACCGGGAAGAAAUCCAGAGCUAAGAACUCAAAAUAUUCAGCUGAUGAGGAUAUGGAGGAGACAGAUGUUAAAGAUCCAAAUUUAAAGCAAUUUCUGGAGUCUGCUACUUCUCAGAUUAGCCAGCUAGCUCUUUCUAAUAGUCCUACUGGUGUUGCCAAUCUUGCAGCUGUUUUUCUGUUCCCGCUUUUCAUAAAUUAUUUUCAGAUGGGUGUCACUGGAACAGCCACUGCCACUGUUGUGUCUCAAUACAUAGGUAGCUUCUUGAUGAUUUGGUUUCUUAGCAAGAGAGUAAUAUUAUUACCUCCAAAAUUUGGAGAUCUGAAGUUUGGGGUCUAUUUAAAAUCUGGUGGAUUUCUGAUUGGAAGAACUGUGGCUGUUUUGAUAACUAUGACGAUUGGGACCUCGAUGGCUGCUCGUCAAGGUCCUCUAGCUAUGGCUGCUCAUCAAAUCUGUAUGCAAGUGUGGUUGGCUGUCUCUCUUUUAACUGAUGGAUUGGCCGCAUCUGGUCAGGUCUACACUCCGAGGAAUGCGCCUAUACUAGUGAGGAAAUUGAUGUGGUUCGUGAGCAACGGGCUAAGUGUUUUACCCGCAAGUAUUUACUAUUGGCUUGAGCGCGCUUGAUCGAGGUGGUUUAGUUGUUAUAGAACAAUCGUUUCCAUUAAAAUGUAUGCGUACAUUGAAAUUGGAACGUAUAUUUGAAUGUAGUACGUGCACUUUGG